AGGUGAGCUGCGGUCACGAGCCAACGUUAGCUGCUCACACGCGGCACAGUGAACCAGAGGCUAGAUCAUGCGCCUGGAUAUGUGUUCAAUGCAAGGAGAAGCUCCGAUAACACCACACGCAUAGACAUUGUCUACCGAGCAAAAUAUACGUUUGCUGCUAUAUUAAUGUUCGCAUUGGUUUGCAUUGAUCCUCUAAACGUGGUUUAACACAGUGCGGGAAGGUUCGUCAGGCCUAAACGCCUUUGGCUUCGCCUUUGGUUUAAAUUGACCAUCCUGAGCUGCCGUAGUAGCGAAAACAUUGUCAAGCAGCUGUUCCGUGCGUAUUAUGUUACAGAGCUCACGUGUGAGACUUUACUGCGUAUAGUGCUGUAGCGGAAAAUACUUUCUACCAUCAAUAACACUAUGGAGCCUGUCAUACAAGUGGAGCCCGUCAUAAUAGUAAAUCCUGGAGCGACGAAAUGGGACAUUCGUCAGAAAGUUUGGGACUACAUCGAAGAUAAUAAUCUGGCCAAUUUUCCCAGGCCUGUUCACAACAGAAUCCCAAAUUUCAAGGGUGCAAAUCAAGCAUGCAACAGGCUUGUAGGCCUGCAGGAGUUCAAGUCCAGCCAGACAAUCAAAGUAAACCCAGACAGACCUCAGCAGCAGGCGCGCUUUGUCACUCUGGAAGCGCAGAAAACUCUAUUGGUCCCCACUCCUCGUCUUCGUACCGGCCUUUUCAAUAACAUCACACCUCCCCAGGGGGCCACCAAAGAACAGCUACGCAUAUGUUCCUCCUCACAGGGUGUGAGAGACUUCAGUGUGCCUUUUGACCUGGAUGCGAAGGUGAAGGUAGACCUGGUAGUGGUUGGCUCUGUGGCGGUGUCAGAGAAAGGCUUGCGGAUUGGGAAAGGAGAGGGCUUCGCUGACCUGGAGUAUGCCAUGAUGGCCUGCAUGGGAGCUGUGAAUGAGUCUACCGUGGUGGUUACUAUUGUCCAUGACUGCCAGGUGGUGGAUAUUCCAGAUGACAUAAUGGAAAGCCAUGACCUGACUGUGGACUACAUCCUCACACCCACCAGAAUUAUCAAAACAGAUUGCCAGUUCCCCAAACCACAAGGAAUCUUCUGGAAUAAGCUGAACAGUGAAAAGCUGGAGAAGAUCCCCAUCCUGAAGAAGUUGCUUGCUCUGGAGGAACAGGCUGGAAAGGAUGUUACACUUGGGGUGGCACCCGUUGCUGCAGAAUCUGGUCUGCAGACCGGUCAACCAAAAAGGCAGACCAGGCGGAGGCCAAGGCAGAACAUACAGCAGGAUGAUAAGGGCGAGUCCAAGCAGGAGAACACAGGAGAGCCAGAAAAGCGAGUCAGACAACGCCCGGCUAGAGUGAGGAAGGAUAGCAGAGGAGAUGGUGGGGGAGGUUAUGAGAGAGGAAAGGGAAAAAGAGGAGAUAACCUGAAGGAAAAGAGCCCCGAGGAGGGGGGAGGUGAAGUCCCGUCUCAACGUAAGCUCCCUCUGAGUGUGACCACGGUUUACCUGGGGGGAAUCCCUGCUGGGCUGCGUGUCAGUGAGCUGAAAGCUGCCCUGAGAGAGAGGGAGGCUGCCCCACUGAGGCUCACCUGGCAGGGCGCUCAACACAGGGCCUUCCUGGACUACAGCGACCCCCAGGCAGCAGAGCAGGCCCUGGAGGCCCUGCAGGAUCUCAGCCUGAAUGGUCACAGUCUGCAGGCUGAGCUGGCCAAGAGCCAGCGUGGAGGGAAGAGGUCCGGACAGUCCAAUCGGAGGCCGAGACCGUCAACGCCUCCGAAAUCCAACCCGGUGACCGCAGAUGAGAGUGACACCAAUGAAAAUGCUGAGCAGUAAUAGCAAUAAGCAAUACUGAGCCCAGAAGUAUUAAUUGUGGAGCUGCGUAAAAAUGCCUUAAGAAGAAAUACAUUUUUUUUGUUUUUGUUUUUAUAUUUCGGGAUUUAUUACAACGGUUAUUUGAACUGUAAGAUAUCUAAAUUGACGGCUAAGACUAAUGGGCUUGAAAGAUUUGCGUAGAAUAUGCGAUAGUUGAAUCAAAAAGCAUUUCACCAAAAAGGUAUUUUUUUAAAGAAUAUACCAUUUCCCAAUACUUAACCACAUACCUAUGUGCCUUGUUUAUUCACGCAGCACCGUCAGUGUGUCCCAAGAACCUUCGGUUUUUGAGGGUACUUUUUUUAAAUAGUUGACAUGUAGUAGACAUGGACAAGUUAUUUCCUUUUAAAGCUGUACGUACAUUGUCUAUUUGUUAAAAUAGAUGUGUAGAGUAGAUUGUAAAGUGUUAAAAUACAUUUAAUUUCCACAACCUGUCAUCAAAGGUGCCUCCGUCAGGAGCGUCUUGUUUUUGAACUUGUUAAUCUAAAAGCCAUUAGGUCAAAGGUGACCUGCUUAGUUAUUGUUGCACAUAGUGCAACCAUGUUUUCAUUUAAACAGUUUAAAGCAUCCCGAUGGUUCAUGAGGCCGGACGCUCGACAAUGAAUUUAAAAAGAAAAACCUUGUUUAACAUCUAGAUAUCGUUUAAAGCCACAGUGGAGUUGAUUAUUUAAAAAAUACUUUUUUUCAACAAAUCAAUUAAACAAUUUGCAUAUUGAUAUGCGGUUCUGGUUAGAACACUGCAAACGGUGUAACUUGGUUGAAAAUGUGCGUAAUUCAUCCUUUAAAACGGCUCCGGGUUUAGGUCCAAACGUCUACUUGAUUGUUUGCAUCUACUUCCCAGUUCAAAUAUACAGACAAUGAACCGCUAAACUGAUUUUAUUUGAAAAUAACACGCGGCUGUCCGUGUAGCCUCGUUGGAGCUAUGCUUUUUGAUUUCGACUUGCCGUUUCUACCGGCUUAUGUUUUUUUUUCAGAAUAUUUGGGGAAUGGAAAUUGUAAAUUUAAGCAGUGUUAAUUGUAUCUUUUGUUGACAGAAAUGACACAUUCAUGGCUUCCUGUGUGGUUUUGCCAGUUUGAGUAUGAAGCCAGGGCUCGUGUAACAGUUGAGAGAUGCUACGAUGUCGGCUGAACUGUUCUAGUGUUAAUGCAUCCGUUUGUAACCUGUUAACAUUUUCCAUUGAAGCAUUUGACUGUA